UUUUUAUUAUACUUUGUCUGUUGGUGUAAUACUGUCAAUACUUGGGGGCCUGGGGCCUGGGGAAGAAAAAAAAGGCAUACACAAGAUGAGGAAGAAGCUAGCAAGUUCCCAAAACUACCUCCUACGUUCCUCGAAACCAUGUGGGGAUCUUGCAAUAAAAAUAUAAGAACCUUUGCGUCUCUCUCUGACGAAAAUAAAAAAUUACAUUAAUUUUGGGAUCUUGCAAUAAAAAUAAGAACUUUUGCAUUUUCUCUUGCUUCAUUUUCCUUUCUCUAACGAAAACAAUGGCGGUGGGAGAGCUCUUUCUUUCUGCGUUCCUUCAAGUAUUGUUUGACCGAUUGGCAUCUCCUGAGUUGCUGAAAUUUGCUCGCCAAGAGGGACUUCGAAAGCAGUUGCACGAGUGGGGCAAAACGUUGGCAGUAAUUCGAAAGGUGCUUGAUGAUGCAGAGGAUAAGCAAUACACUGAAGAGAUAGUGAAACGGUGGCUUGAUGAUCUUAGAAACCUGGCCUACGACUUGGAGGAUAUACUGGAUGAGUUCACCACAGAAGCUUUGCGACGCCAGUUACUGAUGGGAGAAAGUCAGGCCGCUACCACUAGUAAGGUACGGAAUCUCGUCCCUUCUUGUUGUACUGGCUUGACUCCAAGUGCUGUUAAUAUGAAGAUUAAGCUGAGGUCGAAGAUAACAGAAAUUACUGCUCGAUUUAAUGAUCUCGUUACACAAAAAGAUCAACUGAAUUUGCAGAAAAGUGAUAGUCUGAGGCCAAACAAAAGAAGAGAGAUACCUCCCACAACUUCUGUGGUGACCGAAGAUCUCAUCUACGGUAGGGAGGAAGUCACAAAGGCUGUAGUUCAAUUGUUAGUAAGUGAAGAACAUAGUGGUUCUUUGAUUAAAGUCAAUGUGAUUCCCAUACUUGGAAUGGGGGGUAUCGGAAAAACAGCACUUGCCCAACUUGUAUAUAAUGACAAAAAAGUGCAUAGCUUUUUUGAUCUGAAAGGAUGGGCUUGCGUUUCUGAAGAUUUUGAUGUCACCAGGGUUACAAAAUCAGUUUUACAAUCUCUGACCUUGGAAAGCGAAAACCAUGAUGGCAAAGAUCUAAAUUGGUUGCAAAUCAAAUUAAAGGAGAAAUUACUUGGAAAGAGGUUUUUGGUCGUUCUUGACGAUGUUUGGAAUGAGAACUAUAAUGAUUGGAUUCUCUUACGUACUCCUUUUGAAGCAGGGGCUCCAGGAAGUAGCAUUGUUAUCACGACUCGCAAUCAAGCCGUCUCGAAGCUGAUGGGGACCAUAGAAAUUAAACCUUUUCAUUUAGAAUUGUUGUCAUAUGAAGCUUGUUUGUCUAUAUUUUCUCAACAUGCAUUGGACGCAAGAGAUUUCAAUUCCCAUCCAAACCUUAAAAGUAUCGUAGAGGAAAUCGUCAAAAGGUGUAAAGGCUUGCCUCUAGCCGUAAAAACUGUUGGAGGCCUCUUACGGAGUACACAAGAACACGAGGAGUGGGAAAAUGUUUUGAAGAGUAAGAUAUGGGAUAUUCCAGAGGAAAGAAGUGGAAUUGCACCUGCUCUUAUGUUAAGCUAUCACAAUCUCCCCUCACAUUUAAAGAGGUGCUUUGCAUAUUGUUCAAUACUACCGAAGGACUAUGAAUUUGAGGAGAAAGAGGUGGUUCUAUUAUGGAUGGCAGAAGGUCUGAUUCAACCCCUACAAGAAGAUAAGAAGCUGGAAGAUUUGGGUACCGAGUAUUUUCGCAAUCUGUGGUCACGGUCAUUUUUCCAACAGUCGUGCAUUAAUAAAUCUCGAUUUAUAAUGCAUGACCUCAUAAAUGAUUUGGCUCAGUCCGUUGCAGGCGAUACAUGUUUUAGAAUCGAAGAUAGAUCCAUUGGGAAUGGUAAGCAAGGGAAUAUUUCUAUAGAGGCCCGCCAUUCAUCUUACUUGGGUAGCCGACAUGAUAGCACUAAAAAGUUUGAGGUUUUUACUAAACUCACAAGUUUACGUACAUUCUUACCUUUCAUGCUACCAAAUGGAUGGAAUUGUUAUUUGGCACAUUAUGUUCCUUUCGUAUUGGUUCCAGCAUUACGAUGUUUAAGGGUGUUAUCAUUCAAGGGGUACUGCAUAUUUCAAUUAUCUGAUUCAAUCGGUGAAUUAAAGCAUCUUCGAUAUCUUGAUGUUUCCAAAACUAAAAUUAGAAGGUUGCCAGAAUCAAUAAGUACUCUCUACAAUUUACAAACAUUGUUGUUAGAGAAUUGUUCUUGUUUGAAGAAGUUACCUUCAAUGUUUGGGAACUUGGUCAACUUGCGCUACCUCAAUAUUGAAGGUGCAAAUUCCUUGGAAGGAAUGCCUUUGCAAAUAGGCAAGUUAACUCGUCUCCAAACAUUAUCUAACUUUGUUUUGGGAAAAUCCAACUGCUCAGGAGUAAAGGAGCUUGGCCCACUGGUGGAUCUUGGAGGCACACUUCGCAUUUCAAGAUUAGAGAACGAGAUUGAACCCAAAGAUGCGAAGGAUGCUAAAUUAAUUGAAAAGCCCAAAGUUAGGGGGUUGUGGUUGCAAUGGAAUAAUAAUGUUGACGAGGCAAAAGAUAGGACAAGUGAACUUGAGAUACUUAAUGGGCUUCAACCCCACGAAGGUUUGAAAGAGCUCGUUAUUAGCUACUAUGGUGGUAAAAAAUUUCCGAUUUGGCUAUCACGCCCUUCAUUUUCUCACAUGGUGUCUUUGACAAUAAAAAAUUGUAAAAAGUGCACAUCGUUACCCUCACUUGGGAAACUGCCAAAACUCAAAUUUCUUACUAUCAAGGGCAUGGCUAGCGUGAAGAAUGUUGGUCAAGAGUUUUGUGGACAUGGAUCCACAGAAUGUUUUAGCUCCUUGAUGACUUUGAGUUUCACGAACAUGAAGGAGUGGGAGAACUGGUGUCCUUGUGAAAUGUUUCCAGUGCUGCGUGAGCUUUCCCUUAGUAGUUGUCCGAAGUUAUUGGGAAAGUUACCAAAGAGCCUUCCUUUACUAAACAGAGUUCAGAUAAAUGAUUGUGGGCUGUUGGUGGUUUCAGUUUCAAGCUUUCCAGAUCAAUGCAAAAUAGUAGUUGAUCAAUCCGACGGGGUGUUGUGCGGAAGUAAUCUGGUUACUUUCAAGUCAAUAAUAUCUGAUUCUGUUCAUACAAUCUCUGAACUCACUUGUAGAAUUGAAGGAUUUGAUGUGGAGGGGCUAGAAACUUUAGGAAUUGAAAGGUGGGAGGAGGUGAAGCAUUUGUGGUCAAACGAUGUGGGAUCACUGCCACAUCUCCCAUUUCUUCGUAUUUUAUGCAUAGGCAAUUGUGACAAACUAGCAUCUUUGGUGGCGGAAGAGGGGCUCCAACUGGGUAUGCCAUCAACGCUCGAAACAAUCUGGAUCGGGCACUGCAAAGCCUUGGAAUCUUUACCGAAGGCAAUGAUGUACAACAACACUUGUCUUGCGUAUAUUCAUAUUUUUGAAUGUGAUUCGCUAACUCAUUUUGCAAGAGGCCAGUUACCUCCAACUCUAAAGAGGCUUGAAAUAUGGUAUUGCAAGAAUAUGCGGAAAUUGGUGGAGCAGGAGGAUGAUGAUACCAUCAACGCUUGCAGUACCAUCCCAUCUCUUCUUGAGAUAUUGAGCAUUGACACAUGUCCAUCCCUCGAAUCCUUAAUAUCAAGCGGAGAAUUACUUGUAGCACUUCGAGAACUCCGUAUUGUCAAUUGUCCAAAGCUGGAGUCAGUAGCUAAGAAUUUCCAUCAGAACUCCUAUCUCGAAAGCAUCAUCAUCUCUGAAUGUGAAAAUCUCAAAUUCUUGAAUGGAUUUGACUUGCUGCCCUCUUCCAACUUGAGAAAACUUCAUAUAUUCAGUUGCGAGAAAAUACUGGCACUGCCCAAUGGCAUAUACAACCUCACGUCUCUUCAAAGUUUGCAAAUAAAGAAUUGUCCGAAUAUUCUAUCAUUUCCAGUAGAAGGUCUUCCCGCAAACCUAACAAUACUUCGUAUCUCUAAUCUCAAAAUCACUGAAGCCUUGUUAGAUUGGGGGCUCAACAACCUCACUUUUCUUAAUGAACUUGAGAUUAGUGAUUGUCAGCAGCUGGUGUCCUUUUCAAAGAUGACGUUGCCUGACUCUCUAACUGACCUCACCAUCUCAAACUGCUCAAAUCUGGAAUGCCUGUCGUUCGAGGGCUUAAGAGAACUCGCAUCUCUUAAAACAUUGUCUAUCUCUAACUGCGAGAAGUGGGCAUCCUUUCCAGAGAAUGGCCUUCCUUCCUCACUCCUAGAUCUUCAUAUCUCUAAUUGCCAAAAGUUGAGGUCCUUUCCAAAUAAUGGCUUACCUCCCUCACUCCUAGAGCUUCAUAUCUCUAAUUGCCAAAAGUUGAGGUCCUUUCCAAAGAAUGGCCUACCUCCCUCACUCCAGAAACUUAGGAUCCAUAAAUGUCUUUUGCUGGAAGAACGCUGCAAGAAAGAUCAGGGAGGAGAUUGGCACAGGAUAGCUGACAUUCCUUAUGUUGGAAUUAAUGACAAAUACAUUUAUGACACAGAAACGGAGGAAUAAAUCCAAAGAUGAGUUUGUUUUGACUCUGAUCCAAAGGUCCUUUGAAUGUUUAAUGGGGGCAUUGGAAAGAUCCCUUCACUCCUAUUGCUUGUUGCGACUCUAGUUGGUAUGCUCAAUGUCUUACUAUUCUUCUUGUUGUUUUCUGUUCUCGUUGGGUUUGCAUAACGCCAUAACAAGUGGUUUUAAAAGUUUUCAAAUCUCAAAGCAAAGAGAGAAGGUCUUCGAAGAUGCAAUAUUUUCUUUUCAAAUAGGCAAAUUGCUGAACUUGACAAAUGAUUGGGCUCCAACUGCUAAGGAAAAAUUGCAUGAUCCACAGCCUUCUCUAUGGUUCAAAAGACUGAUGCAAGCUGUUGAAACUUCCAACUGCUAUCUCAAAAAUGGAUGUACGUACAAGAAAUGUUCACAGGUUGAAGGAGGACAAGAAGUUCUAACCGAAGCAGCGAUGGAUGGAAUUUCUCAUAGCAAAUUAUUGGCUCUAAUGCUCAGUGAGAUGGGACAAGCGCACAAACAUUAGAUUGCGGCUCUUCAAACCCCAUAUAUUUGUUGUCUUCACAAUAGCUGGAUCAUGGAUUCUUCUCUGCCUCAGCAUACUCUUCUAAAAUUGCAGCAGCAAGUUGUUGUUGGCAUGCCAACAUUGCCAAGUCCUUCUUUGUGAUUUUUCUAUUCAUCUCAACAUAAUCAAUGUCUGGCCAUAAGCGACACCUUCUGAUGGUAAUAUUUUGGAGCCCCAAUUCCUAUAAGAGCUGUCAACACAGUGCUUAAGACGUUCUCUAUUUUUUCCCCUGUUGAUGUAAUUUGUCAUUUAUUUUAUCUGAUUGUAAAUUUGUAAUGAAUCAAAGUAAUCCCACUUUUAUGUUGAAUUACAAAUUUUA